AACCGAGUUGGCAGCCCUAACGAAUGUGGUGCGAAAAGAGAAUCCGUUGUCGGAAGAAACACGAGGGAAGGAAUCGUCAUUAUUUUUGAAAGUAAACUAUUCAUCGAAAAAUGUGCUCCCGCCGCAAUCGAAAAUCGAGAAUUGAUUGAAAACGUCAAGGCGACUACCGUUAUGUUCAGUUUGCCAAUUAAUCGCAGCCCGGACGUAUCGACAGAGCCAGAAAAAGAGUGUGUCCGUGUGCGUUUGCGAUUGCGUUAGUGUGCGUGUUGUGUGACGGUAGGCAGUCGGUGCGAAAGAGGAGCGCAAAGAGCAGUGUGGAGAGAAAAGAGCGGCAACUGAAGGACGUGUCGCGGUCGCGGGAGGAGUGCCAAAGGAUUAUAGUACCUGGGCUGAUCGCCUCCCAAUGCACAGCAAUUAGCUGGGCAUCGACACCGGAGCCGGAGCCCGAGCCCCACCUCCCCCGCAGUAAAAACUUAACCCGGUAGGCGCCACCGCCCACCACCCCUCAAAAUUCCACCUCAAACCCCCAGGAGCAUCGACAUGCCCGUCUCGGUGGCCGUCUGCGAGACGACGAACGUCGUUAACGCUGCGCUGCGCGAGUCGCUCGGCGUCGGCAUUGGUAGCGGUGGCGGGAGCGGAGCGGCAGCCAGUAGAGCGGCUGCUGCUGCCGCCAGUGCUGCUAGCGAUGAGAAAUCCGGGGCCGGGGAGGAUUCGAACAGCCUUCAAAAUCACAUCGUGGCCAAUGCCAAGCGGAUUCUGAUGGCCAAAAUCGAGUACGAGGAGGUGCCAAACUAUCAGGAGUCUGUGCUGGAGAACCUCAAGUCCAAGUACAUCGUCAUCAAGCCGACGACGAAUCCCACAAAUAACUGCAAUCUUAACGGCAAUAGCGGCAACGCCACCUUUCCGAAUAAAAACAACGCUGGCAAAAUUGUGGGCGCAAAUGGACAUGACAAUAACGGCAACGGCAACGGCAGUCGAAAGCUGACGGAACACCCCAAUCAAAAUCACAAUCAUGCGAAUCCCAAUCCCAAUGAGCUGCCCAAACCGAAGAGGGUCCUGUAUCCGCGAGAGAAUAUACGCAUCGGCUGGAAGCAGUCGGAGCGAAAGUGGCAGGUCGGCUCUGGGAUGAUCAACGCCGGCAACACCUGCUACCUCAAUUCAACACUUCAGGCGCUGUUCCACAUCCCGGCGCUGGCCAACUGGCUCGUCUCCGAGCAGGCGCACAUGGAGAACUGCACCGUCUCGGAGUCGGGCAGCUUUUGCAUCGUAUGCGCCAUGGCGAAGACGUUGCUGGCCACCCAGACCACCCAGUCGGCGGUGAGGCCAUUCCUCAUAUACACCAAGCUGAAACAGAUCUGCAAGCACAUGAUCGUGGGACGGCAGGAGGAUGCCCACGAGUUUCUGCGAUUCCUAGUCGAGGCCAUGGAGCGGGCGUAUCUCAUGCGCUUUCGCAACUACAAGGAGCUCGACCAGCUGGUCAAGGAGACCACGCCAUUGGGACAGAUCUUCGGCGGCUAUUUGCGCAGCGAGGUGCGCUGCCUGAGUUGUAACCACGUCUCCAUCACGUUCCAGCACUUCCAGGACCUACUGCUCGACAUCCGCAAGUCGGACUCGCUGGAGGAAGCCUUCGAGGGGUACUUCUCGCGUGAGAAGCUCGAGGAUUUCGGUUACAAGUGCGAGGGCUGCAAGAAGAAGGUCUCGGCGACGAAGCAGUUUCGUUUGGAGCGUGCACCCAUCACGCUGUGCAUCCAGCUGAAGCGCUUCUCCAUGAUGGGCAACAAGCUGACCAAGCAGAUAGCCUUCAAGCCCCGCAUCGAUCUGAGCAAGUUUGCUGCCCGCUCGCCAGCGGCGUCUGUACAGCCGCUCAUAUACCGCUUGGUCUCGAUGGUGACCCAUCUGGGAGUCUCCCAGCACUGUGGCCACUACACGGCCAUUGGAUCCACGGAGGCCGGGAGCUACUACAACUUCGACGACAGUUAUGUGCGACCGAUAGCGAUACAGAGCGUUUGCAACACAAACGCAUACAUCAUGUUCUACGAGCUGGACCCCACCCAGACCUCUAGUCCGGCGGCGGCCCGAGCCAACGGCCUGCGGCUGACCAACGGCCAUGGUCCUGUGCCCGUGGCAGUGCCAGCCACUGUCUCCUCGCCUUCACCCUCGCCUGCCAAGUUCAUUGGACCCCAGCUGCCGCCCGGCGGCAUCAAUGGUUACAGCAACGGUCAUGGCCCGAAAACGACCAUCCAAUUCAAGCCCCAUCAGCAAAACGGUCUCCUGCUGGGAGCCGCAAAGUCUCCGUUGCUUAGCGCACACGUUAAAGUGGAUACAGCUGGUACAGCUGCCACUGCAAAUGGUAACAAAAGUUCCUCCACCAGCAAACAAAACUAUCUGCCAAUUUCCUCGGAGGACGAGGACAGCGAGGAUGAUGUAAGGGCGAGGCCCACUGUCCAGUUGCCCAGUAUGCCCAAAAUGGACGACACCAUGGACAGCAGCAGCAAGCCAAAGUCGCCGGUCAAGACCCCAGUCAAGACGCCCUUGAAAAGCCUGGUGCCUUACGAGUCGGCCUCCGAGGAAGAGGAGGUACCACUGCCCAAUCCCAAUGCCCGAAAACGUUCAAGUGACUCGAGUGACUCCGAGCACGAACCGGCCCCGUCGGUCCAGCUGAAUGGCCAUAGUAAGACCAACGGCACUCUCUCCAACGGCUCCACGUCAUCGGCCCUCGCCAGCAGUGGCAAAUCGACUGAUGCCAUUGACGAGAUCUUCAGGAGCCUGAAAGGUUACCAGGCCAAGCAGAAAGCCGUCGAGAGCGAGGACGACGACGACGAGGAGGGCGACGAUGAGGAGCCAAACACCCAGCUAACCAAUGGAUGGCAUCCUCAGAAGCAAUCCCAGUCACAAAGCCGACAAGCACCGCCCUCGCCAAAGACGCCACCAUCCCCUGCUGUUAUCAAGUCCAAGACUGGCAUCUGGAAGGUCACCCGCAACGAUGAUGACGACGAGGACGAUGACGACGAUGAGGAGGAGGCGACGACGGCGGUGGUACGAACGCCCGUCAAGAAUCAUCGCAAUCCAUUCGCCAGCAGUAAGACCUCCACGGACUCGCCCACCACACCCGGAGCCAAGCGCCAAAAGCUACUGAACGGGAGUGCAAUGAAGACCCAGCAGCAGUUGCCCAGGGCGGGCAAUGGCUACCAGAGCGAGGCCACCUCGAACGGCAGCACCGUAAACGAACUGCUGAAGCAAUCGCACCGAGGAUACAGUUCGUCGUCGGUGCUCAGCUGGAAUGGCAAGCCCGCCGAGCUGGAGAAGGAGCUAUUGGCGGAUGCGCGGGAACAGCGGCAGCGGGACAUCGCCGACGACGAGGAGAACGAUAUGGAUCGCGGCAGGCAGCGCAAGGUCAAGUCGGGAUCGGCGAAGAUCAGCAAUAGCACUCCCGGCUAUAAUCCGUUUAUGGAGUUUGAGAACCAGAAGCGCUGGCACAAAAACGGAGGAGGCGGUGGCUUCCCCCGCUUCUACCAGAACCAGAACUUUCGCCAGGGCUUCCAGCAGCGCAACAAGUUCAAGUUCAAUCGGUUUGGCGGGCCCGGCAGCGCCAAAUUCCAGCAGCAGCGAGCUCUGCAGCGACACCUUGCCGCCGGCGGCGGUUUCACCCGGCGCCAGCCGACACACGCUGCCCAACAGCAGCAGCAGCAGUCCUAACUGGAUGCGGAUGCGGAUAGACCAUCAGGAUCAGGAUUAGGAUCAGAAUCAGGAUCAGGAGGUGCAUUUGUUAUUGGAUUUCGAUUUCGAAAGAGUUUUGUAAACGUUUUUUAAAUGCUAAUGAACAUAUUAGUGUAGUAAUAGGAGUAGGCGUAGGAAUUUUAAGCUGUAAGCUAGACUGUAACUGUUGCCCCACCCUCCUUCCUUCCCCCCCAGCCUGAGAAAGCACCCCUAGACCCCCAUUGCCCCACCCCCAGCCCCUAAUAAAGUAAAGACUAUGAUUAAGUUGUAAAAGAAGAGGAUGCAAGAGUGUGUUUUGCAAAAUUAAGUUUACAGUGGAAAUACUACACGAAAAUUGUACCAUUUUAAAAAAAUGUUACCCCUAACCCCCCCUCCCCAAAAAAAAAAACAAAAAUAAGAAAAAACUUAAAGCUUAACAGCUGCGCGCAUUAUGAAAAUAAAGCAAACCAAUAUAUUUAAGAGACUAAAA